CAUGCCGUCAGAGCUCUUUCUUGUCCAUCACGUCCCUCAUCUCACACCGAGAACCUGGUCACCAUCAUGGCUGCCUUAUCGCUGGGUGCAUCACGAAAGACGCCCAAAUAUAUAUGCGAUGCUUGCAGGACGAAUUUGCGCUGUCUGCCCAGACCCGCCGCCGACGCGCACCGAACAUUUAGCACCGCGUCGUCUUCAAACGACAGAAUCUCAACGCGACCGAUAGCCCCUUCGUUCUUUCGCAAUCGAGCCGACAUUCGACCAUCAGCCAUUAGGAAUGCUCGUGAAAUAUCUUCGGGACGCCCUUACUCGAUAGAGGCUUCUCCGCAAGCUGCUGGCUCGAACUUCGCAGCGCUUCCGCAUCGCCGCCUUAUCUCCCUUACUGGCCCCCAUACUGUGAAGUUUCUGCAAGGGCUCAUUACGAAUAAAGUCGACGAAAGCCGACAAUCGCCCUUCUACGCAGCCUUUCUCGAUGCGCGCGGCAGAGUGUUGUGGGAUGUGUUUGUCUGGGUGUGGCCAAAGUUGGUGCAGGAGAAGGAGCCUUGGGCAUGCUACAUUGAAGUUGAUGAGAGUGAAUUCGAGUCUCUGAAAAAGCAUCUAAAGAGGCACAAACUCCGGAGCAAGGUGCAGAUUUCGGAUGUGAGUGCAGAUGAGAUAGGCGUGUGGGCGGCCUGGGGCUCAGAAGCCGGGCAACGCAGAUCAGAAAGUAUAAUCGCCGAAAUGAGCGAUCCACGCUGCCCAGAUAUGCGUCGUUAUCUCGCGAGCGCAAAUACAACAACGGUAAUAGAGGGAGCCGAGCCAGUGGACGUACGAGAAUACCACCUCCAACGCUACAGGAAUGGCAUACCCGAAGGACCACAAGAGAUAGCAAGAGAGAGCGCAUUGCCAAUGGAGUGCAAUAUUGAUCUCUCGCAUGGUAUAGACUUCAAGAAAGGUUGUUACGUUGGCCAGGAACUUACCAUUCGCACAAAACACACCGGCAUCGUCCGGAAGCGCAUCUUGCCUGUCCAUAUCGACAACCCCGGCAAAACAGCUGCCCUACCGGAACAUGGGACUGACAUUAAGCAGCUAGAUGAAAACGGACAUAUCAAGAAGGGGCGUGCAGCAGGCAAGUUCAUCAGAGGCAUUGGAGAUGUGGGUCUAGCACUGUGUCGAUUGGAAAACAUGACUAGUAUGAAAAUCAGUGCUGAGGGAGGGACGUGGAAACCUGGUAUGGAGUUUGGGUGUGAGACGAAUGAUGGGAUUGUCAAGUUAAAUCCCAUUUUGCACGAUUGGUUCGUGCAAAGGGAGAGGGAGCUUUGGGACAAGAAUAGGUUGAGGCUGUAGAGAUAUGAUGAAUCGCAGCAUGUUCACCAUUUUAUGUCCCGUGUAAAUACCUGUUUGUAUUUGGAUUCAUCGUUGAAAUAUGCCG